AUGGAUAAUCCAGCCGAUCCUAUCGCGGAGUUGAUCACGAGCUUUAACGAGCUAAACCCCAGCACCGUAGAGCAGUUAGAUGAAGAGCCGAGUCCUCUCGAGUUCAUGCGGUAUGUGGCGCGCAACACUCCCUUUGUAGUGCGGGCCGGUGCUGCUGACUGGUCGGCUACCAAGCGCUGGAACGCCGCAUACUUGCGCGAGGCCCUGGCUGGACACCGAGUGAAUGUCGCUGUUACGCCAUUUGGAAAUGCCGAUGCCCCUACCUCUGUAGAAGGUGAGGAUGAAUUAGUCUUCGCCAAACCUCACGAGGAAGACCAGCCUUUCGAGGAAUUUCUCGAUUACAUUAUAGCGCAGGAGAAAGCUGAAAUUUCUUCACCCGAGAGUGGCGUUGGUGGUGGUGGUGGUGGUAGUGGAGAAGUCAGAUAUGCACAAACGCAAAACGACAAUCUGCGGCACGAAUAUUCUUUCCUUUACUCGCAGGUCCCGCCGUCGAUCCCGUUUGCGCGCAUCGCGCUCCAGAAAAGCCCGGACGCCAUCAAUUUGUGGAUCGGCAGCUCCAGAUCGGUGACAGCGAUGCACCGUGACAAUUACGAGAACAUUUACGUCCAGGUAGCGGGGCGUAAGCACUUUGUCCUCUUACCAGCCCUCUGUCAGCCGUGCGUCAACGAGCGGGAGCUGGUGCCCGCCUCCUACUCUCGAGAGGGAGAUGAUAAUGCUCUCCGCCUACAAAAGGAGGAUGGGGACCACAUCCCCUUUGCCAUCUGGGAUCCCGAUCACCCGGCUGAGCGAGCUACCAAAUAUUCGCAUCUGGCCAGGCCCCUUAGAGUGACGCUUGAGCCAGGAGACAUGUUCUACCUACCCGCUAUGUGGUCAGUGCCAUGCCAACUUACCCACCGCUAG